CUGUAAGAAAAGAUAAACGAGGAGGCGUGUUGCAACUUUAACGAUCUACCAAUACCAUAUACCAUCAUUGUCUUCCUCCAGGCGGCCUGGCAACUGUUACCGGAGCAUGGCACGGUUGAUACGGUCUCUAAGGCAAUGGCCGCCAUUGCAGCUGCAGCAGCAGUACCACUGCUGCUCUCGGAUACUAACAGUAUCAACUAAAACUCCCUCCCAUUGUUUCUCUUUCGCCACUUCAACUUCCUCCCGUCGGAACGCUCGUCUCCGCCCACGCGGAGCCAGAUUACCCAAUGCCCCAUCUACAUCUGAUCUCAGAGAAAACGAAAUCAGCGACGACUCGGAAUCCGAUGUUAAGAAGAGCCGCAACCAGAAGAAGCGCGAGGCUCGUCGCGCCGUCCGUUGGGGCAUGGACCUCGCUUCCUUCUCAAUCCCUCAAAUCAAACUUAUCCUCAGAGCCUCUUCUCUCGAACAAGAUGUUUUCGAUGCUUUAAUGCUAGUUAAGAGACUAGGGCCUGAUGUUCGAGAGGGAAAGCGAAGGCAGUUCAAUUAUAUUGGGAAACUGCUGAGAGAAGUAGAGCCUGAAUUGAUGGAAGCCUUGAUCCAGGCUACAAAAGUAGGUGACCAGAAAACAUUGCAGGCUUUAGCUGGUUCAGAGACACAAAUCAUUGAAGAAGAAGAUGAUGAAGAAGAAGAUGAUAAUGACGAUCAAUUUGAAUAUAGUCAGUCACAGGAGUUUGUUAACACUGCAAAUAGAUGGUUUGAUGGGUUGAUCAGCAAGGACAUUGAAAUUACUAAUGAAGUAUUUUCAGCUAGCAGUGUCGAUUUUGAUCGUCAGGAAUUGCGUAAACUUGUUCGAAAAGUGCAAACGAGUCAAGAACAAAGCCAAAAUGUUAGUGAAGAAGACAAGGCAAAAAUAGAAGCAGCAGUAAGGAGUGCCAGAAAGUCCCUCACCCGUUUUCUUCGUACCCUCGCCAAGCAAUUGACUACAGAAAGUUUUGAUUAAUAUGAUCUGUAAUAUCAUUAUUUUGUACCAUAGUUAAUUUUUUUCUUAUGCAUUUUAUAUUGCAUACGAUUAAAGUCUUAGAAAUUGCAAAAUCAUAGAGGCCAUCAAGCAUGUUCUGCUGACCAACCAAUACGGUGAAAAGAACACUUAUGAUUAUUGAUGUCAGUAUUUUCUUUUUCAGUGGGUGUCCAUCUCUUGCAGUGUCGAAAAGAACACUUCCUUAA